CCGCGCCGCGGCGGUGGAGGCGGCGGCGGCGGCGGCAGAGGAGGAAAGGAAGGAGGAGGUGGUGGAGGAGAGGAGCAGGAGGAGGAGCAGCGGCGAGCCCGGGCGACGUCGGCGGGGCCCGAGCGCGGAGCCCCCGGGAUAGAGCGCACACCGGGGUGUCCCGGCACCCCGCUCGCCCCGGGCCGCCGCGGAAGAUGGUGGCGGCGCCGUGCGCCCGGAGGCUGGCGCGGCGCUCGCACUCGGCGCUGCUGGCGGCGCUCAUGGUGCUGCUGCUGCAGACGCUGGUGGUGUGGAAUUUCAGCAGCCUGGACUCCGGGGCUGGAGAGCAGCGGCGCGCGGGGGCAGCGGCGGGAGCAGCCGAGCAGCAGCAGCAGCAGCCCGCGGCCCCGCGCCGGGAGCGCAGGGACCUGGCUGCCCAUCUGCCCGCAGCCCGCGGAGGACCUGGAGGCCGAGCCGGUGGAGGAGGAGCACGGGGAGGCGGCCCCGGAGGAGCCCGCGCACAGCAGCCUGCCAGCCGCGGGGCACUAGCCUCCCGGGCGAGGGAUCCACACCCAAGUCCACUGAUCACCCUAGAGACCCAGGAUGGCUACUUCUCUCACCGUCCCAAAGAGAAAGUUCGGACCGACAGCAACAACGAGAACUCAGUCCCCAAGGACUUUGAGAAUGUGGAUAACAGCAACUUUGCCCCCAGGACCCAGAAGCAGAAGCACCAGCCAGAGCUGGCAAAGAAGCUACCCAGCAGGCAGAAGGAGCAUUUGCAGAGAAAGCUGGAUGCCCAGGACAAAGGACAGGGCCAGUCAGUCCUGGGGAAAGGCCCCAAAGAACUGCUGCCUCCUCGGGAGAAAGCCACAGGCAACAGUAGCCAAGGGAAGGAUCUCUCAAGACACAGCCAUGCCAGGAAGAGUGGUGGUGGUGGGUCCCCCGAAACCAAGUCUGACCAGGCCCCCAAGUGUGACAUCUCUGGCAAGGAGGCCAUCUCAGCACUGACCCGCGCUAAGUCCAAGCACUGUCGCCAAGAGAUUGCGGAAACCUACUGUCGCCACAAGCUGGGGCUGCUGAUGCCAGAGAAGGUGGCUCGAUUCUGUCCCUUAGAAGGCAAAGCCAACAAGAAUGUCCAGUGGGAUGAGGAUGCUGUGGAGUACAUGCCUGCCAACCCAGUCAGAAUCGCCUUUGUCCUGGUGGUCCAUGGCCGUGCCUCUCGACAGCUACAGCGCAUGUUCAAGGCCAUCUACCACAAAGACCAUUUCUACUAUAUCCAUGUGGAUAAGCGUUCCAAUUACCUGCAUCGGCAAGUGCUCCAAUUUUCCAGGCAGUACGACAAUGUCCGAGUCACCUCCUGGAGGAUGGCCACCAUUUGGGGUGGAGCCAGCCUCCUGUCCACCUACCUACAGAGCAUGCGGGACCUCCUGGAGAUGACUGACUGGCCCUGGGACUUCUUCAUCAACCUCAGCGCUGCUGACUACCCCAUCAGGACAAAUGACCAGCUGGUAGCAUUUCUUUCCAGAUAUCGAGAUAUGAACUUCCUGAAGUCACAUGGCCGGGACAAUGCAAGGUUCAUCCGGAAGCAGGGCCUGGACCGUCUCUUCCUGGAGUGUGAUACACACAUGUGGCGCCUGGGGGACCGGCGGAUCCCAGAGGGCAUUGCUGUGGAUGGCGGCUCUGAUUGGUUCCUGCUAAACCGGAAGUUUGUAGAGUAUGUGGCAUUCUCCACAGAUGACCUGGUGACCAAGAUGAAGCAGUUCUACUCUUACACCCUCCUCCCUGCUGAGUCCUUUUUCCACACGGUCCUGGAGAACAGCCCCCACUGCGACACCAUGGUGGAUAACAACCUGCGCAUCACCAACUGGAACCGCAAGCUGGGCUGCAAGUGCCAGUACAAGCAUAUCGUGGACUGGUGCGGCUGCUCUCCCAAUGACUUCAAGCCUCAGGACUUCCAUCGCUUCCAGCAGACAGCCCGGCCCACCUUCUUUGCCCGAAAGUUCGAAGCCAUAGUUAACCAGGAGAUCAUUGGGCAGCUGGACUCUUACCUGUACGGGAACUAUCCUGCGGGCACCCCAGGCCUCCGCUCCUACUGGGAGAAUGUCUACGAUGAACCAGAUGGCAUCCACACCCUCAGCGAUGUGGCCCUCACCCUGUACCAUUCCUUCAUCCGUCUGGGUCUUCGAAGGGCUGAGUCGUCCCUACACACGGAUGGGGAAAACAGCUGCAGGUACUACCCAAUGGGCCACCCAGCAUCUGUCCAUCUCUACUUCCUUGCUGACCGCUUCCAGGGCUUUCUGAUCAAGCACCAUGUGACCAACCUUGCUGUGAGCAAACUGGAGACACUGGAGACAUGGAUGAUGCCAAAGAAAGUCUUCAAGGUCGCAAGUCCCCCCAGUGACUUUGGGAGGCUUCAGUUUUCUGAGGUUGGCACUGACUGGGAUGCCAAAGAGAGGCUGUUCCGGAACUUCGGUGGUCUUUUGGGGCCCAUGGAUGAGCCGGUGGGGAUGCAGAAAUGGGGGAAGGGACCCAAUGUGACCGUGACUGUUAUUUGGGUGGAUCCUGUCAAUGUCAUCGCGGCCACCUAUGAUAUCCUGAUUGAGUCCACUGCGGAAUUCACACACUACAAACCCCCUUUGAAUCUGCCGCUGAGACCUGGAGUCUGGACAGUGAAGAUUCUCCAUCACUGGGUGCCAGUGGCAGAGACCAAAUUCCUUGUCGCACCUUUGACCUUCUCCAACAAGCAGCCCAUCAAACCAGAGGAGGCUUUGAAGCUGCACAAUGGGCCACCUCGCAGUGCCUACAUGGAGCAGAGUUUCCAGAGCCUGAACCCAGUCCUCAGCCUGCACAUCAAUCCUGCCCAAGUCGAACAGGCCCGGAAGAAUGCAGCCUUCACCGGGACAGCACUAGAAGCCUGGCUGGACUCGCUGGUGGGUGGGACUUGGACUGCCAUGGACGUCUGUGCCACGGGCCCCACUGCCUGCCCAGUCAUGCAGACCUGCAGUCAAACAGCCUGGAGUUCCUUCAGCCCUGAUCCCAAGUCAGAGCUGGGUGCAGUCAAACCUGACGGCCGGCUCAGGUAGCACUGGCCUCACGGGACCGAUGCAGCCUCAACCUUGGCCUCUGAUCUUAUAUGAGGGAGGGGGGAUUCCUUUGGUAUUAGGACCUCAGCUGACUGUAGGACAGUGGAGAGAGAGGGUUUGGAGUCCAGAGAAAAGUCAGCCUGUAUUUGUGAAGCUGGUCUCUGGGCUAGGUGACCCAGUCCUGGGGCUACAGUGGUCUCCCUCUACCGGUUGUCGCUCAGUCCUGCAGGCUCCUGUUCUCCCCCUCCGAUGGCCUGCACCCCUACCUACAAGUGAGUUUUAAACUUUUAUUUCAAGCAGCAGAACUUUGUUUACUUGGCACAGUCGGGGGUGGAAGUGCAAGACCAAGAUGAAGUCCAGGCUGCUCUGGUUGAAGCUGAGGUUGUGUGAGGUUCCUUCUCAAAACUCAGCUCUCCAGGUAGUCCUUUGCCAAGGGCAUCUCUAAAGGUACCUCUUCUGAACCCAAGGGCUCUGUUUAAGCCAGUUUGACAAGCACUGCCCUGACCAAGGAUGGGCUCGCCAUCCCGGCCCUUCCAUUUAUCUCUUAGUUUCUGUGGCUGGGAAACCUUGCGCACGCCCGUGCUAAAAGUAGCGAGCUCCUGGAAGCCCUUCUCCUGGCCUUCCCAGGGAGGCGGAGACAGGGGAGGAUUCCAAGGUUCCUGUUGCCAGUCUGAAAGCUGUUUUCUCUGAAAACCAGAGGUUCAGGAAAGCCUUUGGAUGUGAAGCAACCAAGGUCCCCAGACAUGUGACUGCCAACUUGCCAUCUGUCCAGAUCAGCCUCUUCCAAGGCUGUCACAAAUGGUAACAGGAACAGGGUAAAGCAUACAGAGCCUGAGCUUCAAUUCUCCUUCGUGCCCCUGGGCUAGGAGAUGGCUACUGUGGCCUCUUUGGUACUUGAAAGUGGGAGCGGUGCAGAACCGGGGCUCUGAAUCUCAAAGGGGAUUAUGUGGACCCGAGCUUCUGACCUGGACGGCUGCACAGUAACACCCCUUACCUUCUGAGGUCAGGCGCCCCAAACCUUUGUGAACUGUGCACUUGGUGCUGUUGGCUGUGACCAAACUGCAUGGAUCAGACUUCUCCCACGCAGGAACAAACAUUUCAGAUUGGGUCUUUAAUUUCAUAUCCUUCCUCGCCAGGGUGCCCACAGGCUCAGUCUGGCCACACCACAGAAAAGGAAAAUUAAGUUUCAACAGUGGGAAGGUGGUUCAGAAAAUAGUGUUAUUCAUAUUGCUUGAGUUACCAGAAACCCAAGGGUCUUCUUGCCAUGUGUAUUCAAGGGGCACUGAGGAAGAGCACCCCCUUCCUCCUGGAGUCUGCCAAAUGACAGAGUUCUCGAGGAAAAGUUUCAUCCGUUCCUGUGUCUCUCCCAGCAUGGAUAAAGUACUGAAGUCCACCUUGAUGCGUCAACUGCACAGUCCUUUCCCCAUCUAACAUGGCGGGCAUAGAGAAGGGACCCUUGAUAUUUAUUAUUUAUAUGUUUUAGUCAAUGACUAAUUAGUAGAUGCUGGUUUUGCAGCUUGUCAAUUAUGUUAUCUUACUAACUGAAAUUGCCUUUAUUCACAAAAGGCUCCCCCGCCCCUCCCUUUCCCCGGUCUGACUGCCUUUCUCCCUCGUCCUCUCUCUAUCUGUCUCUCGGUGUCCACCCUACAUCCUGCACAGUUCCAACCAGUGCCCCCCCCUCUCAGGAAGUAGGACCCAUUUGGAUGGCUAUGACACCUCCUCUUUGCUUACCCAGGAUGCUGGUCUCACCUGUCCCUCUAAAUUCAAAAGUGUUAAAAUGCAUGAGUUCUCUCUUUAUCCUGACUGCUGACCCAUGGGCAAGGACGUGAUGGGCUCAUGGCUUGGGGCUGGAGAAGUGUGCCAAGUAUAGAACUAUAGAUCCACCCAGUUUAACCAUGAGCACAAGCUAUCACUAGCAGAGGAAGACAGGCUCCUUCCAAGAAUGAUUGAUCUUAGGAGGAGGGAUGGGGUCAGACCCAAAGGAGAGCUCAGGAGGUAGCUACUAUCUGUGCUGAUGGUGGAGCCUUCGGUGGCUUCCUCUAAAAACCCACAGGAUUUACGUUGCUUUUUACAAACCCAUGGAAACCGUGAGCCCGGUGCCCCAUUCUCUCAAUUCCCUGAGCCUUUGCCUCGGUCAAAGCUUCUCUGGGACUGUAGAACCUCUUUGAGUUCCCCCUUGACCCCUUUUGUUUUAAAGAUUUAUGUAUUCUGUCCUGGAAGGUCCCUGAGAUCCACAGACUCUGAGACAGGGUCUGUCUAGACCCAGUGACACUCAAUGACAUUUUUCAUACUGGAACGCACUUGGAAAUGGCAGAGCCUACUUCCUCUGAAGACACUCCUCUCCCUCUUUAUUCACCACAAGUAAUUUGGGGAUAUUUGUUUCCUCUGUUUUUGGACCCAGAGAAUAAUUUUUCUUUUAGUAAAAACAAACAAACAAACAAACAAAAACAAAAAAUGGAGAAUUUAAAAGAAGUUCAGCAUAAUUUAAGAAAAUAUGUUUUCCUAUGGAAAAUGGCAUAACUCCUUAUCUCUUGGUGUUCUCCUGCCUGAAAACUAUAUAUUUGUUGGAGGCUAUUGGUCAAACAACAGCCUUGGGAGGGAGCUGCCCAGAGUUUUGAAAACACAGAACCAUCAUCUCUGGGAGCCUUAAAGUCUGCAGCCUGCAGAAGCAAGAAGCUUAACUACUGACCAGGUCCCGAGUGUCUGCAAGGGUAUUUAUUCCUUAUGGGGAGAAGUAUUUUCAGAUGGCACCUCUCCAUGCCAUUUGGUAACUAUGGCUCCCAAAGCCAACUUCCCAGGCUGUGCAGGAAGUUGUAAGUCUCUGAGAGGAAAGGGAGCCACUUCCAAUGCCCCUUUGCUUUAACAAUGAAGUUCUUUUUCUGUUCCCCAGGGGCCUUUCUGGUGGAAAUCAGGAGCCUCCUGGUUUCAUUUCUCAUUAUUGGUUUAACUUUUUAAACUGUGAUUAAGUUUAGAGGGUAUAAACACAGCUACACAAACACACACAGGCGCACACACACACACACACACACACACACACACACAUGCAUGCACAUGUGCAAACACUCCUAAGGAGCUUGUUUCUACUUUGGAUGUAGCCUGAGUAUUUACAGAGCAUAACCCCUUCAGGUUGUCUAGUUUUCAGAUAGAUAAGAGGAUGUUGAUUGAAACUGUAACCUCUCUCCCAAGACACUCCAUAAGAGAGAAGAGCAAUCAAUGGUCACAAAGUGUAGAGUCUGAGGAAGAAACCAUUUACAACCUGCUUCAUGAGGGUUUGGAUCAGCCGUCCCGACAGCAUUGAGAAUAGGCUUGAAACCAGUGUCAACCUUGUUAGCUUGAGCACUCAGAGAAGGCUUGCCAGACCAGAGAAACUCUACCGCAGGGUCCGUAAAAGCAUAACGAGGUCCAGGAAACAAGCAUAGAUGGGUAAAACCAUAGGCGAAAGACAAAAGGGAGUGGUGGGGAGUGUGGUCUUCCUGGCACGCACACGACUGCUCUGUUAAUAAAGGCAGCUGUGUCUCAGCUCCCAGCUUAUCACAGCAAGAAAGAAAGCAAAGCUCAUUGCAGUGGAAUCUUUCAGCUAAUAAGGGAAGCCAAAUACAUCCAGCUCCUGUUUGUUUGUUUAUUGUUUUUGUUUGUUUUGUUUAAUAGGAAAUCUAGUUGUUCAAUAUUGGCUACUCUUAUUUCAAUUUAAUUUUUUUCUUUUUUAAGAUGCGGGCAGAAAAGUAGCUUCAUAGUUGUGCUCAGGCAAAAUCCUCUUUCUGGAAAGGUGGUUUGAAAUGAGGGAAAGAAUUUAGGGGUAAGGAGUCAGGGAAAGCCAGGGUUAAGAGUGCAAGAACAGCUCACAUUAAACUGUGUAAGACUCCAGGUUUCUGCUUAGUAGUUCCCUCCUGAGAAAACCCGUCUUCUGCAGGAGGUCUGGCUCAUCCACUUCCCUGGCCUGUGCUGAUGAGGAAAGAGUGGGAUCUGGGGUCUGGGGUCCUACCUCAGACACAAAGAGGUUCUAAUCUGCCCAGGUCUCCACCUUCUGGCAUUCCAUCAAACCAAGCCUAGAUGGCAAUGGUGCCAUCCUUAAGAUGAGGCUGGGGAGUACUGGGUCCCACUCCAGAGUCCGCAUGAGUUACCAUGCUGCCACUGUGCUGGAAGGUUCUUCAGGAGCCACAAGGGGCUGUGCUGGCUUAAGUAGUCUUCUUUGCUUCUGCCUCAGUUACCUUACUUUGCCCAAGGGUCAACCCAGGCACUACCUCAAUGUCUGCUGAGAAGUUUACCUGGGGGUGGGGCGGAAUGAGGUGUUACCAGGCUGAAGCUGAAUGUACAA